AUGUCGACCACGCAGACGCAGACUACGAUUAGCCCGCACAACCAGCAGCCGCUGGUAACACGGACCUAUCCGUCGGAGAGCGAGCUGGACAGUGUCAUUGGGCGUUCCGCUGCCGCCCAGAAACAAUGGCAUCACGUCCCGCUGAAGGACAGGAUCGCGAUCGGGCGGAGGUUCAUGGAUGAGUUCCGUAACAUGAGCAAUGAGAUUCCGCUCGAAUUGACUCAGCAAAUGGGCCGCCCCGUCUCCCAGGGUGCUGGGGAGAUUCGCGGUUUCCUCGACCGCACCGAAUACCUACUCUCCAUCGCGGAGACAGCACUGGCGGACGUAUCUCUCAAGGACACGGACAAGCCGGGGUUCAAGCGCUAUAUCAAGCGCAUCCCGCUCGGUGUGGUGCUUGUCAUCGCGCCCUGGAACUACCCCUACCUCACUUCCGUAAACUCCGUCGUGCCUGCCCUGAUCGCGGGUAACUCAGUGAUCCUGAAGCCGUCCCCGCAGACGCCGCUGACGGCGGAGCGCGUCGUGCUGGCGCUGAGGCGCGCGGGGGUGCCGGGGGACGCGGUUCAGGUGCUGCACCUCUCACCAGCACUGACAGCGCACGCGGUGCAACACCCCCUGGUGGACUUUGUGUCGUUCACGGGGAGCGUCGUCGGCGGUCGGGCGAUCGACCUGGCCGCGGCAGAAGCGAAGGGGUUCAAGGGUGUGGCGCUCGAGCUUGGUGGGAAAGAUCCAGCAUACGUGCGCGCGGACGCGGAUUUGGACUACACGGUGGCGGAAUUGGUCGACGGCGCGAUUUUCAACUCGGGCCAGAGCUGUUGUGCAAUUGAGCGCAUCUACGUCCACGAGGAUAUCUACGACACCUUCGUCGCGAAAUACGUCGAGCUCGUCAAGAAAUAUAAGCUGGGCGAUCCGACACUACCGGACACGAACCUGGGGCCGGUCGUGAGCCUCGCCAGUGCGGAAAAGAUCCGCAAGCAGGUCGCAGAUGCAGUUAAAGCGGGUGCAAAGGCGCUGAUCCCGGAGGAGCUGUUCCCCGCUGCGAAGCCGGAUACAGCGUACGUCGCGCCGCAGGUGCUAGUCAAUGUGAACCAUAGCAUGGACGUCAUGAUGGAAGAGACUUUCGGCCCCAUCGUGGGCAUCCAGAAGGUGUCCUCCGAUACUGAGGCAGUGCAACUGAUGAACGAUUCGCCGUACGGGCUGACGGCAUCGGUGUGGACGGACGCGGCGAAGUAUGUGGCGUCGGAGUCGGCUUUCCUUGGGAUCGUUGACAGGCUGCAAACGGGGACAGUGUUCCUGAACAGAUGCGACUACCUCGACCCAGCGCUGGCGUGGACGGGUGUGAAGAACAGCGGGCGGGGCAUCAGUCUGAGCAAAUUCGGAUAUGACCAGCUCACUCGGGCGAAGUCGGUGCACAUGAAGAUCAAGACGGCGUGA